AUGAAAGAAAUGAUAUUUUUAUCAAUAGAACCAAAAUUAACAAUUAACUUUAUUAGAUUUGCCAUAAAAUUUAGUCUACAAUUAAAUUAGUUAUUAAACUUGAAAAUUAGUAUUUUGUUAUAAAUUAAAAUAGCCAUUUGAUAAUUUUAUUAAGUUAUAAUUUAAAUAGUACAAGAUAAUUAGACACAAGAGGACAAGGAUGCAAAGAUAACCAAAAGCGUGACAUUUUGUUUUGAGAAGAACAUUGUUCAUUCUAUUUACAAAUGCCCAUCUGAGUAUUUAAGUAAAAAAAAGAGGAAACAAUUAAGCAGAAAAAUCUCAAGUUCAAUUAAAGGAAAAUGGCUGUUGGAUCAAACAUCCUCUGAUGAAGAAACCAAAAACUAUUCAGAUCUUGAAGAUUAUGAACACUUCUACAGCAUUAUUGAAUGGAAAAAACUAUAAGAAGCUUAACAAUAAAAAAUGACUCCCAAUAAUUAGAAUGAAGAUUAAAAUUCAAAAAAAAUCAAUGAUUUUAAAGAUAGAAUUUUGGAUACUCCUAAAUCAUGUCUAAAGCAGAUCAAGAAAUUAGACAUUCCCCCUCAAUUAGACGAACCUUAAUAAAAGGAUUAAAUAGAUGAUUAAUAAACGGAAGUGUGUUCAGAAAAAAAUCUAAAUAAAGAUAAUCUUUUAAAUGAUUAAUUCAUUGUUGUAAGUAAGUUUAAAGAUCAUGGUGAAGGAGAAGAAGAUCAAGUAAAAUAAUUAAAAUAAUCAUAGAUAUCUAUAAAUCUUGAUGAUUUAUUUGAAUUCUAAAGUAAUUAUAAAGAAUAGAAGACUCAUGAUCGAUAAGAUAUUUCAAUAUAUGAUUCACUAAGGAAAAAAAUAGAUUUUAAAUCAGCAUUCAAGAUUGUUGAUAUAGUAAAAUUAUAUGAAAAUAUAUGA